AUGGAUCUAGUAGAUCUAUAUCACGCUCAUGAUCACCAUGUCUCCUCACACGAUAGUGAUGAUUUUGCCGAGAAACCCACGACAAAUGGCGCGACGACAGCGAAAGAGUUGACGAGGAUGAAGAAACCACGAUUUGUUCCAUGGGAGCCAUAUAAAGCCGCACCAAGCGCAGAUAGAAAAGGAGAAGCGCCGCAGGAAUUGCCACAUUUGAUCCCAUAUGGGAGCGGUUUCGUUGACGAGAACUCUAACAAACAAACUGUUGGAGACGAGAUCAUGGCGUUGAAGAAACAGUUGGAUGAAGUGAAGUCAGAACUGGAAUUGGAACGAAAGCUGAAUGUGGAACUAAAACGAUUGAUGGUUGCGACGAUUAGCGAUGAGCUGCAAGGUCAAGUCCAAGCACUUACCGAGGAUAAAAUCCGUUUAGCUCACCGAGUGCAGGAAUUUUCAGAGAAGUUAGUAAGCGAAAACGAACUGGUGGAUCAACUAAGAAUCGAUCGCGACGUAUGGAAAUGCAAGUUCCUUGCACAGUCCAUUCGCACAGAUGAACUCACCUAUCGUUCGGAAGUUCUAGUCGGAAUGCUUCGUGAUGCUCAGCGGAUCGUCAGAAGCGCUUGUGAUACCAACGCUGUGACUAACGCGGACACAAGGUAUUUUGCUACUCUCGAUCUGCAGUCGCUCGUUUCGCGGUCGCCGUGUGAGGAGCGAAUUCGCAGGAAAGGGCCCAACUAUGAGAACAUGUCAAAGUCUGCCAAACAGCCUAAUUCUUACGAAUUCUGUCAAGAGUCGGGUCGCAUGCAUUUCUGGUCUGUAUAUAUUUUCAUGCUGUCGAAAUUUGUGGGAUUUUUGAGCGAACUAUUUGGUAAAUCACGGACUAAUCAACAGUGGGAACGUGUUCUCGGAAAGCAACUGAAAACUCUUGAUCGUGUCGAGCAGACACCCGCUGUCUAUCUAAAGAAGUCAACAAAAGCUCUUUCCUUCAACACAAAAAGAGUGCAUAGAACACAGCUUCCGAUGAUAGUACCACAGAAUUCCAUCCUGCUUUGGAAGGACCCUAUUGAUUCGUGCAGUACAGAAAAGCCUCAAUGCGUAUCACUUUUAUUUGAUUUUUCUCACGAUGGUUCCUCGUUGUUGAUAACGUUACGGAGGCCACUUGCAGAACCAUUCGUGGAAACCGCUAAGAGAAUUGAAACUAAAAUUCAUAAACUGUUGGCUCCACAAAAACCUAAGAAGUCUCAUGCCACACUGCACACUGCACCAUCCAAUGAAUUCCCGCCAGUGACAGUGGAAGCUCCUGAAGUGACAAAAUCAGAAUCAUUCUCCCUUGAAGAUGUUAUGGAAUCUCAAAGAUAUUUAAUCAUUGGUGGGAAGUCUUACACUAUAAUACGUGAACCAAUCGACAUAUCUACUCUGACGUGCGCUUUGAAACCUAUUGUUGGAUGCCCGAUUUACCCAGCUAUAGACUUCAGGCAAGGCUCAACAACCAUAAGGCCGACUAUACAUUGGUACGUGUAUAAUCAACCCCAAGAAGAGUGUCAUGAAAGUAAAUCUAAGCCAAGUUCAUCACGAGAGAACAUCACAUUCUUAGAUGGUCCUUCUCGCAGAUUUAUCGUUUCAAAUUGUGAGUAUCGCUGGACAGGCGACAGCUACGUACCGUCAUCCGUCGAUAUCGGGAAAAAGCUGUUUCUUGUGGCUGAUCUGGGUCCAGAAUCCAUAGUUAAGUGUGGCGUGUCAAAGUACCCAAUUGAGUUUGUCGAUGAGCCAUUCAUUUUUGAAAGCAAUGCUCUGUGGUGUCAGAAGGAGAAACCGUCCAAGUGCAUUCGGAUAGUUUCGUACAACAUUCUUGCUGAUUUGUAUUUGGAUUUAUCAGGUCCACAAGAAUCACUAUUCUUUCCAUACUGCCCGAAAGCUUAUCAGAUGUAUGAAUAUCGGUAUCCACUGAUAUUGAGAGAACUACUCAGUUACGACAUGGAUCUCUGUUUUCUGCAAGAAGUUGAUCAUAGGAUGCAAAUGCGCUACCUCAGUGCACUCUUGAAAUCGAUUAGUGCAGAAAUGUGCUUUUCGAAAAAGCAACGAGAGGUUACGGAAGGAUCAGUGAUUGCUUAUCGUCGCGAACGGUUUGAACUUGUAUUUUCGGAAAGCUAUGGAUUGGCGUCGUUGUUAGAAACAAGUGGCAGUGAUGUGAAAAGCAUCCUUUCUUCAAGUGCUACGUCUUUAGAAAUAUUUGCUAGUCGACCAACCACACUUCAGGUGUUAGUUCUGCGUGACCGUACUUCUGGUGAUCUCAUUGUAUGUGGUAAUACUCAUCUACAUCACAAUCCUAAACAUGAACAUUUAAAAACUCUUCAAGCGACUAUAGCUGUUCGUCAAUUAGACAGUAUUCGGAAGCUUUACUCAGAUCAGAACCCCAAUGUAUCAGUUCGACUCAUUCUCGCUGGAGAUUUCAAUAGCACUCCCGAUGGUCCCGUUUACGAACUACUGAGUACCGGUAUUCUUCGAAAAUCAUCGUCAUGUUGGCAUUUGGACGAAGACAUAGUUCCUAAAGAUCUCUUGCUACUACCUUCCGGUGAAGGGCUCAAGAAUCUAACUGGUACUGAUGUGACGAACUACACUCGCUAUACGGAUGAAAAAGGCAUUGAGCAUGGCUUUUCUGGAUGUCUGGACUACAUAUGGACAGACGCGAUCAGGCUACAUCGACUAGCGCCACGACCAUCUCUCGAGUUAUUGUCGAAGUACGAGGCGUUACCAUCCAAAAUAGCCCCCAGUGAUCAUGUUCCUUUAAUAUGUGAGGUGAAAUUCAGUGAAGAUUAG